AUGACCAGCACCCUCACCGAAGAUUUAUGUGCCUUUAGUGCUAUUCUUGAUGAGACUGCAUCCUCAUCUCCAGAUGCCGAAGAAUAUCUGAAUCUUCUGGCCCCUCGUUGCCUUGUCUGGUCUGCCCUAUUCUUGUAUCUCGACAGCUACUGUUGCCCAGAGAAAUUAGGCAAUGAGCCGGGUUAUCCAAUCACAGGCAAUGCCAAAACGCCAGAAGAGCAGUUCCUACAAGUCAAUGCAACACUUGUCGUACGAAGUAUUAGCGAUCAAGCGCACAAUGCUGCAUUGAGGAUCGCGCAGAUAUUGGAUGGCUGUCUACAAACUCAAGGCAACUUUCGCAGAAUAAGUCCAUUUGUGCUCGAUGCGCUGUACUGCACGAUGGCGACGUUUCAUUGGGUCCUUCGGGAAGGUGGUGAUGAUACAAUCAGGCUUAGUCUCCAGGAUGUUAAGCAAUGUUUGCGGAGGUUAGGUGAGGGGUGGCCGUUAGCUCUAGAGUAUCUUGCUCUUGAGGAUGUGUAUGCUACAGCUCCAGCAGAUGAGUAA